CACAACACAACACGAGCUCUUAGAUUCAGAGAACAACAUUAACACACACAAACAGUUCGCACUUUAAGGAUCUCCCUCCCAUUUACUAGCUCUCUCAACUAUUCUAUUCUUAACCGACUCUCUCUCUCUGACUUUUCACUCUCUUACAUUAAUUUUCCUACUUACAUUUUUUUUUUUUUGUUCCUCAGAAACAACAACAUGGUCUCUGGUCCAACAACAACAUCACUUUCUCUUUCUUCUUCUUCAUCUUCUUUUUUGUUUGGUUUUAAUUCCCUGAAAUUUUCACAGCGUGCUAGGUUGAAGUUUAUAGACAACGUGAACGAAAGAAAAUUCACGUUCGCGCCUUUGAAAUGCAUUCGCAUAUCGGGUUUUGAUUCGUGUUCCGCCUUGACGGCGACGGAAGCCCCGCUAGCUCCGUCGUCGGAGCUCGUGUCCGACAAGCUCCACCGCCUGGCGACGGAGUUCAGGGCCCUGCAUGAGCCAAUCGACCGGGUGAAGCGGCUGCUGCACUACGCGGCGAUUCUUCCUCCGGCGGACGAGUCGAGGACUCGGGCGCCGGAGAACCGGGUCACGGGGUGCACGACCCAGGUGUGGGUGGAGGCCGAGUUGGACGAAUCGGGUCGGGUUCGGUUCAGGGCCGACAGCGACUCGGAGAUUUCCAAAGGGUUCUGCUCGUGCUUGAUUUACGUGCUGGACGGUGCGGAUCCGGAGGAGGUGGCCAUGGUCAAGGCCAACGACUUGUCGGAUUUGAACGUUGGCUUGCACGGCAAGUCGCAUUCUAGAGUCAACACGUGGCACAAUGUGCUCGUGGCUAUGCAGAAGAGGACCGAGGCUUUGCUCCCACAACAACCUCAGAUACCACAAGAUGGCAAAAGCUGGAUGCCAAUUUAUCACGGUCUUAAGUGUGGAUUUUAGUUGGGAAAACGUGUGUGCGAUCCUUGAUUAGGCUGGAUUUGGGAAGGGAUUCCUAUAGUAUAAAUUUAAACAUACUUUAUGGACAUGAUCCCUACAUGACUGCAAUAUUACCAAGUUGUUUCAGCGGAUGGCUAUAAUGGGAAAUGAAAAGGUUGCUGAGAUAUAUCCAGGACACCACGAGAGACUUCGAUAGUAUCACUGUUGCCUUGCCUGCACUAUUACCAUGUAACUCUUUAGUUGCUUUAGGGUUUUUUUCUUUUCUUUUCUUUUUUUGGGUAUAACUACUUUUUAGGAUAUGUCGUAUGGAUUAAACGUGGCUUUUGGAUUUUAUAUCAUGUCAAUUUUGUUUACUUUCUAGUUGUAUCUUGUACUUAAUAAAAGGAAUGUUCUGUAAAAAGUUUCUUUUACUGGAACUUAUGACCUA